UCAAAAUGGUAGACAGAGCCAGACGAGCAUUGGUUGUUACACUGACAGCUUUGAUUGUGUUGGUUUUAAUGUCCUACAGUAGUUUCGGUCUCAGUUACAAUGUUGCAGAAAGAUUUCUUGCUCAGAUGGAUGAAUAUAAAGUAGAUUCAUUUUGUCCCUGUAAACCUAGAAUAGCGCGAUCUUUGAAAUAUCUGAAUGGGUCACUGAAACCUGAAGAUAUUAAUUUUGAAAAGAUAGCUGAUGGUGAAUACGUUGGAAAAUCUACAUGUAACCAGUACACUACAGCUCUUGGUGCUGGUCAACAAGUGUUAUCUUACUCCUUCUACACCCCACCUACAUCUAAACAGGGUAAACCUCUAGAACCAGAGGCUUCAAUAUUACGUUAUAGUCAACUUAUGUCUAACAUAAUUCAACAUGCAAAGCUGUACUAUCCCCGCUGGAGAAUUCGUUUGUAUCACAAUGUGACGGACCAAGAAAAGGAGGUUAAAAAAGAACUGUGUGAUCUUUAUUGUCAAAAUAUGGAGUUAGAUCUUUGUGAUGUCACUAAUUUGCACAGUUUGGGGAAUUUAAAUGUUCUGUUUCCUGUCGGACGCUUUUGGAGAUUUCAGGCUGUCGGCGACCCUACAGUCAAAAUAUUUGCAUCCAGAGAUAUUGAUAGCUAUAUACAGGAUAGAGAAGCUUUUGCUGUACAGGACUGGUUGACCUCUAAAGAACAAUUUCAUGUAAUGCGGGAUGCUCCAUUUCACAAAGCUGCAAUUCUGGCAGGAUUAUGGGGAAGUAAGAACUAUCUAAACAUGACUCAGGCAAUCAAUGUGAAAAGAGCUUUGUUCAGUGUAGCUCCAUCAUUAAAAAAAGAUGCAGAUCAGGUUUCUCUUCGAAAUAAUGUUUGGCCCUUAAUAAGUAACAACACUGUUAUUCAUGAUAGCUACGGUUGUUUGUCAGGAUAUAUGGGACCAGGCUGGCAUCCCUGGCCAGCUAGACGAAUAGGGUUUGCAUAUGUUGGAUACGGACCAACAAAGGAUGUGCAUAUGAAGAAAGUAGCUAAUCUGGAAUGUCCACUUGCAUGCAGACCUCAAGAACACGAGGAUUGGACUUACUGCUAGUGUUAGGGCUAUAAUGUGCUACUAUGUACUACUAUGUACUACUAUGUACUACUAUUUACUACUAGACUAUUUACUACUAUGUACUACUAUGUACUACUAUGUUCUACUAUGUUCUACUAUGUUCUACUAUGUACCAUGUGAAUCUUAGAAAAAUGCUGUGAACAGAUUAAUUAUUAAUUAACCUGCUUCAUGUAAACAUCGUUUAGGAAAUCAUCAGUUUUAGACCUGAUUACAAAAAUUCGAAACCAUUGUUACUGCAUGUACGUACAGUGUACACUGUACAGUAUACAGUACACUACGGCACUAGGGUUUCCACCAAAAAAGGAAAAUCGUUUCGCGACAAAAAAGUUUUCGCCAAAAAUUUCGUAUUUUUUGCAUUUCGUUUGCUCGCGAAAAAUGCGAAAAUUUUCGCUUUAUUCCAGAAAUUAUUCUAAUAUAUAGCUAUUUAAGCAAUAAUAUUCUUAUGUAUAGCUUGUUAAACGAUUACAUUCUAAUGUAUAGCUAGUUAAUCAAUAAUAUUCUAAUGUACAGUUAGCUAAUCAAUAAUAUAUUGUCAAUAUAAUGAUUUUUUUUAUGAAAUAAUUAGAAGUGGA